CCCUCCUUCGACACUGAAGGACUGGUUGGAAGACCUACCUACGAGAAAAAGAUUCAUCAUCGGCUCUAUGGUCGAUUCGGCACUUUUUGGAGAAAAUUUAGGUGGAAAAUUGUGAUUUUUUUCUGCGAUCAGGGUUCACCUCGGAUUGGACUGGAUUCCUGUUGCAACGGGAGCAGAAAGUGUGAAGAAUUGUGCCGUGGGUGUGAAAACUGUGCGCUUCGUAGCAAAGGGAGUCUGAUGUUCAAUCAGGGAUGAGCCUCCGGAUGUAAAAUUUCCAGACGACACACAGGUGUAGUCCCAGCUUUUGGAGCAUUUGUCCAUGUGAAGAAAAUUUCCGUACGCCGUGGAAUAUCAUCAGCAGCAGUCGCAGCAGCACUACGACACGCGCGAGAGCGAGAGGGUGAGAGAACGUGACAGUCACCAGCCAUCUUCGCGGGAACGUGACACGCACGAAACGCGUUACGGACCGACGGACGGACGGACAGGCGGAUACAAUACGGCGAUUCUCUUCCUUAGGGUGUGGUGGUAUGGUGUCCAAUUUGGAGUCUCGAUUUGCUGCUACUGUAAGGAUAUAAGCUGGGUUGGUAAAGGAGCAUAGCCCUUCGAUUGGCACAGUGUGCACGAGUGGUGCCCAAUAUAGUGAAAGAAGAAAUCUCAUAAAGUUCUCAAAAAUAAUUUUCCAGGAAGAAGAAAGUAGAAAAUAAAAACGAAUUCCGGUAGCACAUCGUUUCGGAUCCUAGUAGUGACUUGUGCUUACGUUGCGAGCAUAUAUAGGAAAGGUGUUCAUUACUAAUAAACAGUAACCACAUAAAUUGUAAUUAUUGUUAGUUGCGCGAUCACGCAAAAAUACACCUCUGAGUGUAAGAUUUCUGCAAGGAUACGCUUAGAACAAAGCCCACGAAAUGAACGAACUGGAGGCUCUUAGACAGGAAGCGGAAACGCUGAAGAAUGCCAUUCGCGAUGCCCGGAAGGUAGCAUGUGACACAUCGCUGGUUCAGGCGACCAACAACUUGGAACCGAUAGGUAGGAUACAGAUGCGGACCAGACGAACCCUGCGGGGUCACUUAGCUAAGAUCUACGCCAUGCACUGGGGAUGUGAUUCUAGAAACUUAGUAUCCGCCUCGCAGGACGGUAAACUGAUCGUAUGGGACUCUCACACGACGAACAAGGUUCACGCGAUCCCGUUGAGAUCGUCCUGGGUCAUGACCUGUGCGUACGCGCCUUCCGGCAAUUUCGUAGCCUGCGGAGGAUUGGACAAUAUUUGCUCGAUCUAUAAUCUUAAAACUAGAGAAGGCAACGUACGGGUGUCGCGAGAACUUCCCGGCCACACUGGGUACCUAUCGUGCUGUCGAUUCCUAGAUGAUACUCAAAUCGUUACCAGCUCAGGGGACAUGUCCUGUGGGCUGUGGGAUAUCGAAACCGGUCAGCAAUGUACAUCGUUCCUCGGACAUACCGGCGAUGUUAUGGCACUGUCCGUUUCGCCACAGUGCCGCGUAUUCGUUUCCGGGGCGUGCGACGCCUCCGCCAAACUGUGGGACAUCCGGGAGGGACAGUGCAAGCAAACGUUCCCGGGACACGAGAGCGAUAUCAACGCCGUCACAUUCUUCCCGAAUGGGCACGCGUUUGCGACCGGUUCCGAUGACGCCACCUGUCGGCUGUUCGAUAUACGGGCCGACCAGGAGCUGGCCAUGUACUCCCACGAUAACAUCAUCUGCGGUAUUACCUCGGUAGCGUUCUCCAAAUCUGGCCGGCUUCUCCUGGCUGGGUACGAUGACUUCAACUGCAACGUGUGGGACACACUGAAAGCAGAGCGGGCCGGUAUCCUCGCAGGCCACGAUAAUCGCGUUUCCUGUUUAGGCGUUACGGAAAACGGAAUGGCCGUCGCCACCGGGUCAUGGGACUCAUUCCUGCGGGUAUGGAACUAAGCUGGGUAGGCAUUUUUUAAAAAUAAUUAAACUUAACCUAUACUGUAAACGAGAAUCACAUUUUUAUAUAACAAAAAACCCUAAUCGUAAGCAACCAAAAAGGAACCACAAAAUUCACAAAUAGAAAAAAAAUCUCUAGAGAGGAAUAUUAAAUUACAAGAAAAAAUAUCCAAAGCGAAAAAUAUGAAUUCAAACACACAAAUAUUUAAAAGAAUAUGUAACACUGUAAAGUAAGAUAUAUUUUUGAAACCAUUCGUUGUCUCUUUGCGUACAAAUUUAGAGCUCUCGGUUCAGAACUCGAGAUUUGUUGUUUCGCCGUUCCAGCCGCUUCCUUGCUCUCUUGAAAAAAAAAAAUCAGUAAAAGUAAAAGAAUAAAAGGAAAGUUAUGAUAAGUCACUUUCUUUUCGAUCGAUUUGCACUGACAAGUUUAGAUUCGAUAUAGGUUUAACCUCCUUUCUCAAUUGAACACCAGAAUUUAACAUAAAGAAAAGUAACAUGAUACACACAAACAGAAAUUAUGCAAAGGUAAGAUAAAUUGAUAGGGAAUUCCAUGUAUCAUAUUUCAUCACUUUCAAAUGCGAGAAGAAAAAAACCAUCACGGUAGUGAUUAUUAUUUAUUAGACUGGUAAGUUAUUUGAAAAUGAGUUAAGUAUUGAUACCAGGAACUGGAUGAUGUCUAUAUUUUGGUACAUGUCGGAACGUUGAAAAGUUAACAAUCGAUUCGAAUUUAGUCUAUUACAGAAAUUUGCAUUACAUUCAAAAACUGCUGUGCAAGUCCGCUGUAUCAAUUCUUUCUGAGAAUGAAUUUUUCGUGAACAAUAUAAGAAUUGAGUUUCAUGCGAAAAUGCAUGAUCCAAAUACUUGAAUUAAAGUCAUCAAGCUAUGCACCGGAAGUUUCGCCGGAAAACCAUGUUCAGGCAUUAUACACCACAGGUCUUCUAUUUUCACUGAAUUGUGCUUUGAAAUCAUUGAACAGAUGGUGAGUCUGCAAGUCGUACUACCGGAAUUUAUUAAGGAUUAUCCGCAGGCUAAACAUCUGAUCGUUGAUCGGACCUCACGAACACCUGCCUAGUAUUCGCCGACGAACGACUCCUCUAGCGGUCUCAGUAGGUUAAGCACAAUGCGCGACAGAAUUUUGUACGUCGAGUUCUAAUGCUUAAUCCCUCACUCAGGCAAAUGAACAUAAGAAAUACAUAAGGCAGAAAUUAUGAAUCUACAAGAUUAUUGAAAAUCGUUGAAACAUAAGUCUCUUAUGCUUUUCAUCCUGGGCUCUUCAUAUUUCAUUAUUGGGACGUAUAUCGUUCAUUAGUUGCGUGUAACGAAUUUCAUAAGACACAUUUCAUGUUUUGUUCAAAGUUGAUUUGAAGGAAAUCAUAAGGCAUUUUAUGAAACACAUCAUGUUCAUUUUAAGUUACCCCAAUUGGAAGGAAGAGCUUCAGCCAAGAGAAUUAUGUUCUCACAAAUUGUAAAGUUCUUCAAGUCGUGCGGUUGAAUUUUUCAUCGAGGGGGUCUGAAGAGAAUAUUGUGUUGAAGAUUUCUCAAGUGUUAACUGUGAAUAAUAAGCAACAGCAAAUUUUUAAUUUCGCUAGCAAUUGCAAGUGAACAGUUUAAUUCGAAUGAGUUGAGCAAUUAUUUUUCUAGAUUCGAAGACAUUAUAGAAUGCGUUCGACACCACUUGUUUUUCCAUACUCCCUCGAUGUCCUCGAUACAACCGAGAAACGAUUUGGAAAUCACAUGUAUGCGUAAUCAUGAAUGAAUCAAAUCUUUUUAUUAUUUUCUGCCAUUGAGCACAUGGUCAUUAUUCGAGAAAAUUUUCAAUAUGCUCGAAUUAGAAACUCAUAAUGCGGCAUUAUGAAUCGAAUAAUAUAUAGGAAAACGCAAUAAUAAAUUCAUUAAUCUGCAUUAUGAAUUCGUUAAGAUGUUUCAUUGGAAUUACGAAAAUCAUAAGGCAUGAUUAUGGCCUCUAAACACUACUUUUGCAAUUCAUAAGGUAGGGAUAUGAAUUGAUUAAUGUCUAGCGUACAGCGUUCAUGAUGCUUCAUUGGGAUUUCAUAAAGGUGCCUUAAGAAAAUAUUAUGUUUUGUAUUAGCAAUAAAAAUCUUAUUCAUAAGGAGUUCUUUUGAUUUUCAAGUUCAAAACUUGUGGCAAAUUUCCAAAAGGCUGAAUUAUGAUAUUCGAUAGUCAAUUUGCCUGAGUGCUCUGUAAUUGGCACACUCUAGUCAAACAAAGUACAUGACCGCUGGCAAUCAACGCGGGUUUAUUAGUGGUGGUGGUAGCAGUGAAGUGGUGCUGGAUGGUAAAAAUUUGGAAGUUGUAGAAGAAUGUGUGUACCUUGGUACUCAAGUUACGUGCGAUAAUAUUGUUACUCGCGAGGUGAAUAGGCGUAUUGCAGCUGCGGCUUAAUACGGACUUCGUAACUAGCUUUAGACGAGGAGGUGUAGUCCAUCAAGUAUCAAGUUACAACUAAAGAUAGUAGCGCCAGAUUUUUCGUAACUGCGAGUCAACUACAUCCAGUGCCGGCACUCGGGUGUUGCCAGAUGUGUUUGUGGAUAUUCUUACGGGCGAAAUAGGUACUGCUGAUUGCCAUUUCAUCUAGUUGCAACAAAGGUGAUAAAAACCUUUACAUCUCCGUAUGCUUGAUCAAGGCUUUCAUAGAACGCAUCCUUCACGUCAUCUGGCUUACCGUUCAGUGGGGCAUAGAUGCUGAUAACGCUUUAAAGAAUUAGCCCUUCAUUCUCAACACGCAGAUGCGGUCGCUUAUCGGCCUUCAACAGUUAACUCGUUUCAUCUGCUUACCAAUCACCAUUAAGCAAACUCCACGAUCUUCUGCAACUCACGACUCAGGAGUCCAAAACGUGGGGAUUUUUUCAAAGCUCAUACGUACUCUUGCUUUUCUUGGGAACUGUAGAAACUUCCGCAGGUUGCGCUACCUGAAACAUGUUGAAAAGGCUGCCUUUUCAAUGCUGACACGAUGCAGAGCAGUGUGUGCAGUUUUGCUUAGAAUUUCUCGUUGGCACAUGGACGAUCAUCAGUCGCCCCUAACAUGAGGAACAGACACUGUUAUGGGCCGCUCCAAACACGGGGAACAGACGCUCGAUCGGAUUUGUAAUUUCGGAGAGGAGCCGAACCCUCCACCCUUCCCUGUCAACAAAGGAUCACAGUUCUUACCAGGAUUGGUUACUCAAUCGUCUCUAAGGUUGCUCGUACCCCGGCUGACAUCACGGGGAGUUAGGAAUAGGCGUUGCUGGGUAAGAGGCUAAGGAUCACGAAGUAGGGUCUGGUUCAUUCCUUCAAGUACGCAAAGUACUAACGGUAUGUAUUAGUCAGCAUUCCGGACUUCUUGAAAUGAUGGUUUCGUAUCUCAUGAAAGAAGACAUCCGAGCUUCGUAAAUGCAGGCUUCCGAGCCUCUUGAAGGGAGGCUUCCGAGCCUCUUGAAGGGAGGCUUCCAAGCCUCUUGAAAGGAGGCUUUCGAGCCUCUUGAAGGGAGGCUUCCAAGCCUCUUGAAAGAAGGCUUUCGAGCCUCUUGAAAGGAGGCUUCCGAGCCUCUUGGAAAGAGGCUUCUGAGCCUCUUGGAAGAAGGCUUCCGAGCCUCUUGAAGGGAGGCUUCCAAGCCUCUUGAAAGAAGGCUUUCGAGCCUCUUGAAAGGAGGCUUCCGAGCCUCUUGAAAGGAGGCUUUCGAGCCUCUUGAAGGGAGGCUUCCAAGCCUCUUGAAAGAAGGCUUUCGAGCCUCUUGAAAGGAGGCUUCCGAGCCUCUUGGAAGGAGGCUUCCGAGCCUCUUGGAAGGAGGCUUCCGAGCCUCUUGGAAGGAGGCUUCCGAGCCUCUUGGAAGGAGGCUUCCGAGCCUCUUGGAAGGAGGCUUCCAGGCCUCUUGGAAGG